AUGGACAUAGUUGGACCAGACCCACUGGAUGAUGCACAGGGGAUGAUGGAAAUACCGAAAUUAGAAGUCACCAAACAAAAUCUUGACUACCUGAACUCAGACCUUGAAAAGGACCUGCAAAGACUGGAUGAUGCAAAUCAAACUCUUCUCAGAAAAAUUCAAGAGAAAGAAGAAGCUAUUCAAAGUCUGGAAGGAGAGAUUGCCCUGUCACUAGGACGAGCCAAUGAGAGGGAGGAGUUGAACCAUAUCACAUCUGAGAAGGAGGAAAUCUUGAGGAACCUGGAAUCAGAGACAGCAAAGCUGGAAAAAAGUAACAAGAUUCUAAGCAGGAAUGUGGUGGAGCUUCAGAAGAAGAUUUCAAGGAGACGUAAGAAUGAUGGCCUUGAUAAAGAAACCCUAAAGCAGAUGUUGGCAGAACUGAAGGUGAGACUACAAAAGUCAACAGAAUCCUGCACAAAGCAAGAGAAGGAGCUGUUCAAGAUAGAGAGUGACUACCAAUCUUUGCAUCAGCUCUGUGAGGACCAGGCCCACUACAUAAAGAAAUACCAGGAAAUUCUGAGGCAGAUGGAAAAGGAAAAAGAGGUGCUGCUUCUUGAAAAAGAAGUGUAAGUUUGGAAAAAUGAUGUCCCCAAUGGGACUGCAGUGAUAGUUCCCGGGACAUCUUGCAGCUCCUCAGAUGAGUUAUAUAUUUCUUGGAUCUGAUCUUUUUCACCCAGAUUCAAAGCCCAGAACAACUCUUCCCAAAUAGUGAAACCUGGUUCAAUUCUGGUAGAGACCAUCCAAAGCAACAUGGAGAAGACCAUCAUUAAGAAACAGAAGAGAAUCUUUUGGUACAGACAUUUCAGGUGUCUUGUCUUCAUGGUCAUGAUCUUCGUUAGGCUGCUGGGCUAUGUACUUUUCCACCUGCAGUACAUAAAUCCAGACCUUCUUGUGGAUGCCCUACCCAUGGUAAUGAGCAGGGACACCUUGAAGAGGCUGAGGGAGGUCUUAUUUCCCUUCCUCACUCUAGAGGUAGAAGAAGUUCUACCCCAUUAG